GAACGAAUGCUGUCAGCCACACAAACUAUUAACAAUACAUGUGUAUGAAUUUCACUUUUGCUUCAGCUUUAUCGGCAUGAUUGGCCUUAAAACACGCACAAUAGGUGUUUUUCUUUCUCUGCGAUGCCUACGAGAGACGUAGAACUUCUAAGUUACAGAUCUCUGAGUGAAUUCAGUGGAACAAGUAAUCUUCGUCGAGCGCAGAGUGAAGCGAGUGUACAUGUUGGUCAGGACCUCUGUAGCGCUGGAUUCUCAAUGUUAAAGCUUAGUAAAACUAGAGUGACUGUUGGAGACAGCUUAACGGUCUAUUGGGACAUUCAUGAAAAUUGUAGCGCCAAUGACUGGAUUGGUCUCUUUGACUUAGAUAGUGCAACUUCCUUGAGUAAUUAUCUUGACUGCAAGCAGAGAGGCGUUACAGGAGCCAGAAGAGGUGCAAUCAAAUGGGUCAUUUCAAGAAGUAUUGAUCUUAAUAAUGUUGAAAAUAGAUGCAUAUUUAAGUAUAUAUUUGCCAGUACUGGUUCUGUAAGGGCAAUAAGUCCUACUCUAUACAUCCACAGUCCAUAUGCAGAGAUUCAUGGUUCUGGGGGACGUCGUCAAGCACAAAUUGCUCAGGAUACUCUCCAUGAAGUUUCUGUCUCAGGUCUCGCUGCAUUUGGUCUGAAGAAGAAUAUAUUCGGCAAACCAAGUCCCUAUGUUAAGCUGUCAGUCAUCCCCUCAAGGAGACAUUUCAGAUCCUGGAAGCAUCACCAUGGUCAGAUAGCCAAGACUUCUUCACAGUCCCAUACUAUUAACCCUAACUGGCAAAAUGAAGAAUUCGUUUUUGUUGGUGGUGCUGAUGAUGUUCUUGAAGUGGAAGUUAGGAACAAGUUUUCUGGUACUCGUCCUGCUUUCAGUCGUUUUUUGGGUAAACUGUCUGUGCCAAUCCAUGAUGUCUUUGACAGUGAAGAUGGAACUGAAUUUGUGGUGAACAAGCCACUUUGCAAGAGAACCCCAUCAGAUAGAAUACAAGGCAGGAUAAGAUUAUCUAUCUCAACUAUCAAACCUGUUAGUACUUUGACUAAUAAUCAAGAUGGUCCGGUCUCCAGCCAACAAAACAGUCGACCAAGCAACCUCAACGUAACUCCCUCUUCGUCACGUGCUAAUAUGAUGACGUCAAAUCCUACCUUACGUUCAUCGGCACCAGACCUCACUCAGGCAGCUCAACUUGAUCUCUCGGCAACGCCCAAUUCGAGUAGCCACAUUGAAGCCUCGUCUCCUGUCUCUCCAUUCAAUGCUCAUCCGCCUGGCGAAGACGAUUCCAGGCCGAACAGAAGGCGAAACCAGUGCCGACCAUUUUCCGAGUUCUAUUCGGAAGAAUUCGUGCCUCUCGAUCUUGAAAUUCCGAGUCCCAGACGGCAGGCCACGUUGGCUACCGUGAUUGGGAAUCAAAACAAUAAAUCGUUUGAUUCUGUGGAAAAUAUUUCUAAUGGUACUUUUGAGGAAGAAGAGCAUGAUCACGAACCUCAUGAAAUAAAUGAAAAUACAGAAGAAAGAACUCGUUUGACAUCCGAUAGCACUGAUAAUCUCGAUUCUGAUCAAGAAGCAAGCAGUCAAGAUCGUCUUGAAGGGUCUUCACCAACGCCUCUUGAAGAACGGCCUUCUUCUCCUACAGAAGCGUCCGCAGUUUCUUCAGCUGUGCGUUCAGAACGCCCUCAGUCACCAGAAUCACCGAUGGAGACAGUAGACUCGGAGGAGAACAAUGAGGAGAUACACAACGAAGCUGAUGAAGAGAGUGUUGCUGCUGAAGAUGGCGAUGAGAACCAAGAGACGAAUCUUCUGCAAGUGACUCCCGCGAUGAGAUCUAGUGCCGCAAGCAUCGAGUUGACAGAAGACUCACCGUUAAGGAUUUUAGAAGAAAGCGAACAAGCCCUUGAUGAAGAAGCGACUUUCUCGCCUCGAAAUGACGACAGUGACGAAGUGGACGAGGACGAGCAGGUAGAUAAUGAAUACAGGUUUCUGUAUGUGAACCCGAAUGAUGGUGAUGAUGAAAUGGAAUCUGAACGAUCCACACCAGACGAGGAGUUGGCUUCCAUUGCGCCCAGUGUCAUAUCAGUUGAUAGCUGGACGUACGAACAAGCGGGCACUUCCCCAGAUUCCUCUGCUUUGGAGACAGAUACGAAUCCGGACCUUCUGAGGACGAAACCAAGCGCCAUUGGCUUGCCUUCAGCUGAACAAGAAACUGAAUCUGCUUCACCGGUGCCUGAUAGAAGGAUAUCAAGUCCCGAGGCGUCCCCUCCACGGGAAGGUUAUGUUCAGGGACCAAGUUUUGCUGAUACACAACUCCAUGAAGACCUUGAAAAUGCUGAACAAGAUGUGCAAGAAGAAGAUCAUCGCGCUGCGUCACCUGCUCGUGAAGUAGAAGAUGAUUCGUCCGAAACAUCGGUGACGUCAUCUAAUACGACCAAUCAGGUACUAGAACCAAAUGAUUGGGCACUCCGGACACAGCUGCCGUUAGUUGAUGCCGUAGAUGAAAUUAUUGCAAACGAUGAAGUGAAUGAAGGAGAAAGUGCUGGAACACCUCCUCAAGCAAACCAAGUACGGAUCUCAACACGCACAGAAGGUCGAGAUUCUCCUUCCUCUUCUCGAUCUUCAAGGCCAUAUACUCCAAAUAAUGGAAUCGAUUUAUCGUCUGUUACGUUUCCGAUGGAAGAAUCCGAGCCAGAUUGCAUGGACGUUACAUCCAUUCAAACCUCCUCCACUGCGCAGAUGUUAGUGGAUUCGAGAAUGAGCCCGAGUAACGUACUCAACUCAGGUCUGGCAAGAGCCGACGAUUCGAGGUCAUCAACGAGAUCUGAUGGACGUCCUUCGAUAGAGGAAGAUCUGAGUACUCCAAAGCGGCCAGCUCGCCGUUCUAAAAACCUUUCAAGAUCUUUGAGUGAUUCUCGUGGCACGCGCUUAAGUCAUCGACCAGAGAGACCUGAGCGAACUCGCAGGCAAAGAACAGAAACAGAACCCAGGGCUUCCACUGAUCAGCCACGUGACUCGCAAGCAGUUCGCGCUGGGAUUUCCGCAAUGAUAGCAUUUUCUCAAGAAAGAGCUGUCUCACCUGCUUCCUCAGCCAUUGCAAGACCCGUCAAGACCUCUGAAACCACCUCGACUAGCGGUACAAGAAGUACUGCCUCAAGAAGACCAAGGCUGCGUACGUCUUUGAGCGAUUCUGUUGUAGUUGCCGUACCAGUAACUACCUCCGAAUCCCCUACGUCAUCUCCGAGGUCACGUGCUCAGACAUCACAUGCAGUAGUAGUUGCUAGUGCCGUGCCCUCUACUUCUGUCUCGGUAACGUCCUUGCCUUCCCCGACUCUUGAAUCAGAGAGCAGGAACUUGGUUUCCCCGGCAGCAAGUGAAGUGGAGACGGUUGUUGCUGUUCCUAUCAGCGGUUCAGAUACAACCUCUACUGGUACUACGCUGGUCGCUUCAGGAACCAUCGCGUCGCCCAGAAAAGAAGCUACCGUGAGUGUCACUCCUAUUCCCUCCCCAACAGAAACGGCCGGCAACUGGUCUGAAAUGACACCGGUGGAACAGCAGGGGAGAGGAGGGGAAUCCGCAGCAGCAACAAGAAGGACUAGCACUUCAAGUCUACCGUCUGCGUCAGUCCAGCGAGCAACUGCAGCUGGUGCUUCUAGCAGCAAUGAGAGCAGUAGUAGUACCGGUGCGAUACCGAAACCGGGUACAGGGGAUUUAAAUCGCGCAGCUGCUGCUUCUAGCAGCAAUGAGAGCAGUAGUAGUACCCGUGCGAUACCGAAACCGGGUACAGGGGAUUUAAAUCGUGAAAAUAUAGUAAAAAUGUUACGAACGUACGUUCGCAGUGCGCAGCCGCCUCAGAGACCCAACCAAGUGAAUGACCUACGUUUAAGGCGGCCGCCAGCGGAAGAUGCCAGUAGUAGCAGUAGUGCCAUGCCAGAGCGAGGACGUCCACCUCGACAUGACGCCGCUGUAACGCACUCCGCGUCUCGACGCCGGUCGUCACGGAGACAUCAAGGCGAGCGUGACAGAGAACAUGAAAGAGCAGAAGCUCAACCCGUGCAUUUACAGAUUCAAGACAACGAGCGACGAGGUCGGCGGUCAAGUGAAAACGAACCAUUACCUUCAAAUUGGGAAAGAGGAGUGGAUUCACAUGGCCGGGUCUAUUAUAUCGACCACGCUCAUCGAACGACUACCUGGACAAGACCAACUAGAGAAGCUCCACAAAAUGAGACGAACAUGAAUGAUAUCAACACACACUGGCAAAGCUUAGAUCGAAGGUACGAAAGCUUUCGACGCACGCUACGAGGGCGUAACCGCCACAAUACUCGACUUCCUUUACCAGAAUCAAUUCGAAGUAAUGAGAGUACAGCAUCAGGAUCAAAUGCGUCAAACUCAGACACGGGAUCUCGACCAGCGACCAGCUCUAGGUCAACUCCAAGUACACCCGUCCAAUCAGAGUCUCUUCCACAACCACCACCCCCCUCAGCUACUGCUGCAGCAUCUCCUGUUUCUACUCCCACCGUCUCCACCCCUUCUUCGUCCAGUAGUACCUAUACACCUUCGACACCAAGCUCAUCUCAUACAUCUUCCAGCUCACGGUCAUCUCAAGCUGGUGCGUCGUCCUCACAUUCGAGGUCUGAGAUGUCGUCCAGUGCCCGCUCGGCCGCGUUGCUCGAAUCUCCUGCCGUGAAGUUUAUCACUCGAUCUGACUUCGUUGAUUAUAUCAAAAACAGCGGGGUGGCGGGACAAUAUUACUUCCAAAGUCAAAUGUUAAAACUUAUAAUAUCUAAAAUUAGAGCAGAUCCCACGCAGUUUGAAAAGUAUCGUCACCAAGUAGAGCUGGUUCGCUUUCUUAAUCAGUUUGCUGAUCCUCAGCAAGAACUAUCUCCUGGUUGGGACAAGAAGGUGGAUCAGAAUGGACGGCUGUACUUCAUAGACCACACAACCAGAACCACCACAUUUAUAGACCCCAGGCUACCAAUCAUUGGCACGACACGAAGACACCGUGCGGGAACUGAGACAGAGCCUCGACGAUCAAGAGCCCCACCCCCCAGACCUCCUCCGCCAAGAGGACAUUCACGAAGCAACAGCACCGAUGUGAACAGCACAGCGCUCACCUACAAUCAGCAAGUGAUAGGAUUUUUAUCCCAGUCAAAUAUCGAUGAAAUCAUUUCCAGAAAACAACAAAGUUAUAUACGAAACAUGGCUCUAAAGGCCAACAUUCGUCGUGCUCAGUGUGAAGGCGAGAGAGCAUUGGAAAGACUGUCAAACAACGUGGAUUUCGUUAUGCUACUCAGUUUAUUCGAAGAUGAUAUCAUAUCUUUCGUACCUCCUGAAGUAGCUCAGAAAGCAGAGCCACCUUCACCGAGCUCAUCGCUUCCCACUUCACCUGUCAGAACUCCCAUGGUUAACCGUAUUUCAGCUACUGACUCUAUAGCCAAAGUGUCAGGUGGUGGUGCCAGUGCUUCAGCAGCGCCCAGUCCUGCUCCUUAUCGACGAGACUUCGAAGCAAAGGUCCGGUCAUUCCAUCGUCAGUUGUAUCAUAAAGGAUAUGGACAAGGACCAAAUAAGAUCAAGAUGACUAUUCGUCGAGAUCGACUUCUUGAGGAUGCGUACGAUCAAAUCAUGAAGGAAAAUUCCAGAAGUCUACAAAAAAACAGACUUGAGAUUCAGUUUGUUGGCGAGGAAGGGCUGGAUUAUGGUGGCCCGGCACGUGAGUUCUUUUUCCUGAUAUCCAGACAGAUAUUCAAUCCAUAUUAUGGGUUAUUUGAGUAUUCUGCCAAUGAUACCUACACGGUCCAAGUCAGUCCUGUGUCGCUCUACGUGGAUAAUUCCCACGAAUGGUUUCGGUUUUGUGGUCGUAUUAUCGGUCUGGUCAUCGUCCAUCAACAUCUCCUCGAUGCCUUCUUCACCAGAACGUUUUAUAAAUCUUUACUUAGAAGCCCGUGUGACCUGAGUGACGUGGAAUCAUUAGACGCAUUGUUCCAUCAGAGUAUGACAUGGGUCAUAGAGAAUAACAUUGAGGACGUCUUGGACCUGACCUUCACAGUCAGUGAGGAAAUUUUUGGACAGGUUACGGAGCGCGAGCUUAUCCCUGGUGGUGUAGACAUCGCCGUGACAGAAGCAAACAAGACGGAAUAUGUUAAUGAAAUGGUUAAAUGGCGGGUGGAACGAGGCGUGUCGGAACAGAUGCAGAGUAUCGUUCGAGGAUUCAACGAGGUCAUUGAUCCCAACUUUAUGAAUAUUUUCGACGCCCGUGAGCUGGAGCUAGUGAUAUCAGGAACAGCAGACAUCGAUAUCAAAGACUGGAGACGACAUACUGAAUACCGUUCAGGUUAUCAUGACAGCCAUAAAGUCAUCAAAUGGUUCUGGAAAUCGGUAACUUCAUUCGAUAACGAACAACGUCUUAGACUUUUACAAUUUGUUACUGGAACUUCGAGUAUUCCUUACGAGGGAUUUGCAGCCCUACGUGGUAGUACAGGACCAAGGAAAUUCUCUAUCGAAAGAUGGGGUGACUACACCAAGUUACCAAGAGCUCACACUUGUUUUAAUCGCCUGGAUCUUCCAGUCUAUCGAUCCUACGAAGAACUGCUUGAGAAGCUCACUUUCGCAGUCGAAGAAACUGGCACGUUUUCUAUGCAAUAAUCGAUGAAAUUGGUGAAAUUUAUCGAUGAAAUUAUUUUUAAUGAAUUGAAAUUUUAAGUAAUGUUCCAUAGAGACUUUCAAUGAUAUGGCAGCCAUAUUGGAGGGCGGCUUGGCAGUUUAUGCAAAUGCGCAACAUAAUGAAGAUUUACCAUAUAAGGUAAUAAGUCUCCACUUGAAAGAGGGCACCUCUGUAGAACGAUCGUAGGCUUUUCGCUGAAUAUUCGAGAAAUUGCAAAUCAGAAUGCUUACAUAUAGACCUCCUUAGCUUGGGCGUAAUGUUGUCACAUCACAGACCACGUGUCAUUCCCAGAAUGUAAUUCCUUUGUUUAACGGUUGUGCUUGAAAGGACACACAAAAAAAUGGAUACAACUCAAACAUGGAAUUUUAUUCUAAAGAGAAUUACACGUGGUCUGAUAUGGGAAAACAGGUAAACUUCAUAUAAUUUAACUUACUUGAACACGUGACAUUAUGAUCACAUUUUACACCAAUUCAACUAACUUGUAACCAACUUUUUAAAAUUUUCCUGAGAAUUUCAAUGUUUUCAUCAAUUAUCUCCACCAUCAUUUCUCGAAUAUUCUGCUUAAAAAUGCACUUUCCAAGGUGCUUUAUUCAAGCAUUAAUAUAUCGUUAAACGUCGUUUCAAAUAGUCAUAUUGUGUUAAAUUUCUAUAUUUUGAAUACCAAAUUACGUUUUAUCAUUCCAACGCUUAAAAAAAUGAAAAAUCACUAACCAAUUAAUAUUUUUUAUUUAUUUUUAAAGUAUCUAGUUUUUGUUAAAAUUGGUAAAUUAGAAAAGCUUUAACGCCACUUGUCAUUUGUUCUCACCAAAAAGUUGCAUUUUCUCCUGAAGAGGAAGAGACUAGGACCAAGUAAGAAUGCGCCAAUCAUAAAACAAAAUAGAACUUCAAGAUUAUAGUAGAURUCAUUUGAUAAUUAUUAUAUGAAAUUUGAGGAUUUUGAAGAGGGGGGUAGGGGUGAGGGCCGGAGGAAACUCCAUAGACCACCAUAGAGUAAUACUACCCAACACUUUUCAAAGGAAUGAAAAUGUAAUCCUAUACAGUUCUUUAAAAAAAUAUAAGUAACACAGCCUUGGAUUGGAAUGAAGAUUAACUAUAGCCCUCCUUUUGUAGCAGUGUUUGAGGUUUCUUUAAGAUUCUUUGGAUGUUGAUAAAAUGGUCCCUCCCUUAAAUUCCUUCGGCCCUCCUCACAUCUAGGAAAUGCUCCCUGACCCAUAUGUAAAUCAAACUACCCUAUUUAACAAGAGGACAACCUGUUUCUAUAAAGGCGGCAAUUUUUUUAUUUGAAUUGAUCGAUUCUAUCUUCUUCUUGUAAUCAAAAAAACUGCCCACGUAAAAUCUUCCAAAUUAUCUCACUGUAAUUGUUUUUCUGAUCCCAUUUUUGUCCUAAAACCUUGGACGUUUGGUCUGUUUUGGUUAGAGAGAUUUCUUGUCUUGUAGUUUUAUAAAAAUUGUAAAUUUAUCAUAGGCGUAUAUGAAUUAUACAAUGCGAUGAUUUUGUAAAUAUGAUGACAAUUGUUGGCCAGUUUCGUAUGAAUAUGGGCGAUUUCAAAAUUUUACUAGACUAUCGCAAAUUGUUACUAAAUUAAGAGCAAAAUUAAUUUUUGUUGAAAUUGAAUAUCGAAUUGACAACUGAUUGUGAAUUAAUAUGUGUUGUCAUGGUAAUUACAUAGAUGCUCUGACCCCUUAAAUCAAGAAUGGUGAAUAUUGACCUAAAAAGCAAACAAUGAUAAUAAUGAUAAUUAUAGAAUGCGCUUAAAUUGUACAUAAAAGCUAAUUGAAUCUUUAUUGUACAGUUAGCAAAUGAAAAUUGUUAGAUUUGUGAGUCAAAUAAAAAUGAACUAAACUUUUA